AUGCGCCCAGUUUAUGAAGUAGAAAAUGAUGGCAACAGUCACUCACAUGGUACUCGGGUUGAGUCUGAAAAAAGUGUGUUCUAUGACCACGGUAGUCCAUCACAUAGUACUAGGGUAGAGUCUGAAAAGAGUGUGUUCUACGACCAUGGUAGUCCGUCCCAUACCAGCAGUGUCAGGGGAGAGCCCACUGGAAAGAGCAUCGCCUAUUAUAGCAGUAGUAGUCCGUCACAUAAAGGAAAUGUUCGAGUGGAGUCUGGACAAAGUGUGUUCUAUGGCAGUAGUCCAUCACACGCUGGUAGUGUCAGGGUGGAGUCAGGACAGAGCUUAUUCUAUAGCAAGGUCGAUAACCAUGGCAACCAUUUAAUCGUGUCCGAAGAAUCUGCAAUUAAUAUCCCAGCUGUUGCAGCGGCACAUGUAGUUAAAAGAUAUGUAGCUCAGUCAAAUGACGAGUUAUCAUUACAGGUUGGAGAUAUUGUUUCUGUGAUUGAUAUGCCGCCAAUAGAGGAUACAAACUGGUGGAGGGGGAAGAAAGGAUUUGAAGUGGGUUUCUUUCCGUGUUCUUGUGUCCAAGUUAUAGGAGGUAGCGUACCAACAUGUGUGGUCAGCAAAGUGCCUAAAACUCCUAAACCAGUUCUUCGGAAACAUGGUAAACUUAUCCUGUUUUUGAGGUCAUUUAUCUUGGCACGUCCUGCUAAAAGAAGACUGAAACAAAGUGGGAUAUUACGUGAGAGAGUUUAUGGUUGUGACUUAGGAGAACAUUUACUCAACUCUGAACAUGAUGUCCCCCAGGUACUGAAGAUAUGUUGUGAAUUUAUUGAGAAAUAUGGUAUAGGAGAUGGUAUUUAUAGGUUAUCGGGCGUGGCCUCUAAUAUACAGAAGUUACGAGCACUGUUCGACAGUGAAAAUGUACCUGACAUGGAAGAGUAUAUAUAUGAUAUACAUAGCGUUAGUUCUGUGGUGAAAUUGUAUUUCAGAGAGCUUCCAAAUCCACUACUUACAUACCAAUUAUACGACAAGUUUGCAGCAGCCAUUUCAAAUGAAGAGACCAGACUACUGGAGAUUACUAAUGUCAUACAACAACUGCCACCCCCACAUUACAGAACAGUAGAAUACUUAAUGAAGCACCUCAAUAAAAUGGCUUCUUUCAAGGACCAAACAGCAAUGCAUUCCAAGAAUUUAGCAAUUGUAUGGGCCCCUAAUUUACUAAGAUCCAAAGAGAUAGAGCUUGGUGUUGCAGCUUUCAUGGAGAUCCGUGUUCAAUCAGUGGUUGUGGAAUAUCUGAUUAGGAAUGUUGAUUUGAUAUUCAGUGAUAAACUACAAUCACAGUUAGCAAAAACUGAUUCAUCUGAUGCCCCAGGAUCCACCCCAUUGAACAGAAGAGCACGUCCCAAGUCACUUGUACUAUCCACUCCUGCUAAGCUGCUGUCAUUGGAAGAGGCUAGAGCACGUAGUGGGCUGCAAUCAGUACAGGAUAUACCUGUUAAUGAUAGACAACGAUUUAUUGAAGUAGGAGGUGGUCCAUCAGCAUUACCAAAACAAUAUCAUACAGUUAUUGAUUUUCCAUUUGACAGGAAAAGAUCAGGCUCAACCUCAUCUAAAACGAAGAAAUCUCCAAGUGGAUGGAAAUCCUUUUUUGCGAAAUCUAAACCUACUGUUGAUGGGAAAAGAAAGAUGCUUCGUAAGUCAAGCAUACCUGUCCCCAAAGAGAUUUGUGUUGUUAAAAAAAGAAGCAGUUUACGAUCUGUUCGUAGUGCUGAAUCAUUGAUGUCUGGUAGUGAUAAUUCUGAUGGUACAACGAUUGUAAAUCCUUAUGCUGAAGGUGAUGUCUUACAGAGGAGAGGGUCUGAUAGUUCACUGCCAAAGUCAACCUCUCAUAAUUCAUUCUUUGAAGGUGAAAGUGCAGUUGCUGCUAUGACAAGCGACAUGACUCCUCCAGAUCUGUCAUUCAUUAGGCCUAUCAGAAGGAGUGUCAGUGUACACCGUCAGAGAUCCAAUUCUGAAACUGCUCCAUCUGUAUCCCAUAUGGAUUUCAUUCUUCAAGAUUCAGGGCAGAAUGGAGAGAAGAGGUUUCGACAUUCUGAUACACCAACCAUGGUUAGAACAUCUACUAAGGAUUGCCUGGUUACAUCUAGCGCUGGAGUAACUAGAAGAAGUUUAACUUCACCAUUAAAGGAACGUGAACAAUAUACUGAUCUUCCUCCAUUGCCAAGGUCUGUAAAAUCGCCAAAGAAAACCUCUCCAGUAUACAGUACACAAUCUUCGGUUUCAUCACAAUCUUCAAAUAGUCCAGACAGUUGGAGCAAAAGCCGAAACAGGCAUGCUGUUCUUCUUGGGGAUGAGUUGGCAGAACUUUCUGUUCUGGAAAUGGAAAGAAUGGACAAUAUUGUCCCAUCUGUUGUGCAAACAAACAGUCAAGAAUCAGAUUUUGAUUCAAAUAGUAAGGAACACAAAAUGCCAACCAUUAGACAGUCUCGACCUAUGAGUGAUGAAGAGCUGCAGAAACAUGCCUCUGUAGCUCAUUUGAAAAAAAUUGUUGUUGCACCAGAAGAGAGGUAUCGCGCACAGUUGGAAUUGAACAUUGAUGAGGAAGUAUCUCUAGCCAAGGAAGAGGACUUCCAAAUUACACCAUACAGUACGAUAAAGAAGAAUUAUAAUAACUUUGAUUUUAAUGAUGAAGACUUGUUGACAACACCAACCAUAGUUGAAAAUCCUUUUAACUUGGAUGUAAUGAUGUCAGAGUUUGAUAGUGUCAGAGAAAAGUAUCUGAGACAGGAAUCUUUAAGCCCUGUCUUUUCCGGCAGUGGCAAUGGAACGCCAAGUCCUCGGCCUGGCAACAGCCCUGUAAUGUUUUCGCAGACUCUACAUCCAAUUGAUGCCCAACUCAAUGUGCCGUCUUCCAAAUCCAAUAAAGAUGUUGAUUUUCAGGUAGUGCGGAAGUCAUCAACAUCAUCAUCAGAAACAUCUGGUCAUGUCUCAGAGGAAGGGAAAAGUUCACCACUGCCAGACACCAGUCCUUCACCUGAAACAGAAUAUGAAGAACAGCAAGAGUCACAUAAUAAAGAGAACAUGCCUGUGACAAGCCCGGUGGAGAGUACUUCCCCACCAGUUCCUCAUAUGCCAGAAGAAUAUUUAAGAACCAUAUUCCCAGACUCUCCUAGCCAGCUUUCAUUAACCUCACCCUCACCUGAAUUAAGAAUCCCUCUUCCACCUAGUCCACCAUCUGAAUUGUCCCAUGGGAGCAUCAGCAGGAAUGUGUUUACUUUUGAGAAUGCACAAGGUGCUAUCAUUGAACCAGUCUCCCCAGCUGUAACAAGUAGUGCAUCUUAUGUGUUUCCGAGCAUGCUAGAAAUCAAAUCUAAUGGUGGAAGUUCAAGUUCAAGCUCACUGAGUACACGAACUCCCUCUAGUCCUGUCAGCCCAAUUAGUCCAUUAAGUGACAAAGUGGUGGAUAAACCUCCUGUUUCACCACGUAAAAAGAUACCAGUCAGCCCAGUCGCUGUUAAAAAGUGUGAGAGACAAUCAAGUCUCAAAAGGAAUGUCAGCCCCACAAACAUUGCUUAUGCUGAGAGAGUUGAGAAAAUGAAAUCAGUUGCUGCGAAAAUGAGCACUCAUCAUGAUGACUUCACCAUGUACGAAAAAUAUAAAGGAUCCUCACUGGAAGCAGAUACACAAUUUAGUGAUGGUGAACAGGAACUUCUGCUUGAAAACCGUUACCCAUCAUACUAUGACAAUGCUACUCUGCCAGAUACUGAUCCUGCUGAAUGUCAAGAAGGUCCCAAAAAGUUUCCACAAGAAGAACACCUGCAUGUUGAGACCAGAGAAUAUUCUUCUGAUGAAUCUUCUGAUGACUUUGAACCUGAUGAGACAAGGCUAAGUGUUGCUACGUUGGCCUCACAGUAUGAUAACCUGGAUGGUGACGAAAGUGAUGGUUUGGAUGAUAGUGCUACACAUUAUGAAAAUGUUGGACACAAUGACAGUUAUAACAUUGCAGUGGGAAUUGAUCUUCUCUCGCCUUUGGAUCCUGAAAUAAUUGAGCUGUAA